AUGGCGCUUGUAAAAAGAAAAUUAUAUCAGCGGUUGCUGUUCUUUGUCGUUUUUCUUCCAUUCUCAGGUGUUUUCUGCUUCAGUGAAUUAUUUUUCAUCAAGGAGCCCCAUGAUGUUACAGUCAUGCGCAAAGAUGCUGUCAUUUUGGACUGUCAGGUGCACGGAGAGAUGCCGAUUGAUGUCCGGUGGCUCAAAAAUGGAGUGAAAGUGGUGGAGAAUGAGCGUGUGUACCUGCUCUCCAACAGCUCCCUUUAUAUUUCGGAGGUGGAGAGCAAAAGAGGAGACAAAUCAGAUGAAGGCUUCUAUCACUGCCUUGCCCAAAACAAGUAUGGGGCAAUCCUGAGCCAGAGGGCCCGUCUUACAAUCGCAAGUAUUUCCUCGUUUACAAUCCAGCCAAGGUCCAUCGUGGUAACCGAAGGCUCAGUUGCCAGAUUUUAUUGCAAAACCACGGCCCACCCUCCUCCAAUCAUCACUUGGGAGUUCAACCGGGUCACAUUACCCCUCGCCACUGAAAGAAUCACAGUCCUGCCCGGUGGUUUUCUUCAAAUCCACGGAGUGCAGCGGGCAGAUGCUGGCAGUUACCGUUGCGUCGCUACCAACAUUGUUAACCGGCGCCGCAGCACAGAGGCCACACUUACAAUCACCCUAGCUCCCAGCCCCCAGCUUCCCCAGAGACCACGCAUCGUAGUCGGACCGCAAAACAUCUCUGUGUCGGUGCAUCAGAGUGCCACCUUAGAGUGUAUGGCCACAGGCAACCCCCGUCCCAUCAUUUCCUGGAGCCGGGCUGACAGCAAGUCUAUUGAUGUUUACCACACCAAAGUGUUGGGAAAUGGCAACCUCAUCAUCACAGACAUUAAGCCCCAGCAUGGAGGGGUGUACGUGUGUAGGGCCACCACUCCCGGCACGCGAAACUUCUCUGUUGCUGUAGCCAACGUUACUGUUCUAGCGCCGCCAUCCUUGGUGGAGUGGCCAGAGAGCUUGACACGUCCACGUGCCGGCACUGCUCGCUUUGUAUGCCAAGCUGAAGGCUUGCCAACACCUCACAUCACAUGGCUCAAGAACGGGGAGAGAAUUCACUCCAAUGGUCGCAUCAAGAUGUACAACAGCAAACUGGUCAUCAACCAGAUCAUUCCUGAGGAUGAUGCAAUUUAUCAGUGCCAGGCAGAGAACGAGCAGGGAUCUGUCCUCUCCAUGGCAAGGCUCAUAGUAGUGAUGUCGGAGGACCGCCCGAGUGCGCCACGGAACAUCCGAGCGGACACCGUGUCCAGCUCCGCCAUACUGCUGGCUUGGGACAGGCCGCUUUAUAACUCCGAUAAAGUUAUUGCAUACUCUGUUCACUACAUGAAAGCUGAGGGAUUAAACAACGAGGAAUACCAGGUUGUUAUUGGAAAUGAUACCACUCGGUAUAUUAUUGAUGACCUGGAGCCAGCUCGCAACUACACCUUCUACGUUGUGGCCUACAUGCCAAUGGGAGCCAGUCGCAUGUCAGAUCACAUGUUCCAACACACGCUUGAGGACGUUCCUCUGCGUGCCCCUGAGCUCAGCCUGACCAGUCGCAGCCCCACGGACAUCCAGGUGUCGUGGCAACCCCUCCCUGACAAGCUGAGUCGGGGUCGGGUCUCUGCCUAUCGUUUGUCCCACCGUACCAGUGCUGAGAGCUCAGUCUCUCAAAUGGAGUUGCCUGGAGAGAUGACAAAGUACCUCCUAGAAAACCUGAAGCCUGACACCAACUAUCUCCUGCGAAUCGCUGUCGCCACCAGCAUAGGGUGGGGUGAGCAGUCAGCCUGGACCUCUCACCGCACGCCAAAGGCAUCUAGUGGUCAAGUUCCUCUGUCUCCUGAGCUACAUUUGGAGCCCUUGAACUGCACCACUAUUUUGGUGCGCUGGAGACUGGCACAGAGGAAUUCGGCCAGUGUGCAAGGCUACAAACUGUUCUACCAUGAGGAGAGCCAGUCUGAGAGUGCCCCGGUUCAGCUGCGCGCCUCAGAUCAUUCACACACCAUCGGAGGCCUCGACCCAAGAAAAAAGUACCAUGUAAAACUUCUGGCUUACAACUUCAUUGGAGAUGGCUACCAAGCAGACCAAACCAUCAGCACUCCUGGAUGUGUCUCCGUUCGAGAUCGCCUUGUGCCGCCUCCACCACCUCCACACAAUGUGUACGCAAAGACCAACAGUUCGUCUUCCGUCUUUCUUCACUGGGGCCGACCAGCCUUCACGUCCAGCAAUGCGGUCAACUACACCAUCCGCUGCAACCCUGUCGGUCUACAGAACGCCUCCCUGGUGCUCUACCUGCAGACGAAUGAGCAGAGCCUUUUGGUACGAGAUCUGGAGCCCAACACCAAGUAUGAAUUUGCAAUUCGGCUUCAUAUUGACCAACUGUCCAGCCCCUGGAGCCCUGUGGUCUAUCAGACUACCUUCCAUGAGGCUCCCACGUUGCCUCCCACCAACGUGAAGGUGACGCUGAUCGAGGAGAACACAGCCCUGGUGUCAUGGAAACCUCCGGAGGAAGCGAAUCUGGCUGUCACACGCUACACAAUCCUUUACGCCUCCAGAAAUGAAUGGCUGGCAGGGGAAUGGCAGGUGCUGCAAAGAGAGGGGAGCAUCACCAUGGCGCUGCUGGAGAACCUGAAACUUGGCCAGUUCUACCUAGUGAAAGUGUCUGCUUCCAACAAAAUGGGUGACGGUCCUUUCUCUCACAUGGUGGAGCUGACAGUGCGAGCAGAUCAUUCCUCUGGUCACGAUCCUCGACUGUCACAUGUCCCCACACACUCCACAGGCUUUUCCAGUGGCUUCUAUCACCUGGACCAAACUUCUAUGACAGGCAUCACGGUGGGAGUCUCCAUUGCUCUCAUGUGCAUCAUCAUCUGUGCUUUCAUUAUUGUGUGCAGACGCAAACACAGGAAAUCAUCAGCUGCUAAAGUGAACAGUGAUGAAAGGGGCCUGCCAAACUCUGCUGCUGGACAAAUGGACUCACAGGGCCCAGCUGAGGGUGCAAACAUAAGUGUCUCCACAAUGAGCCAGAACCAUUUCAUUGAUACCAAGGGGGGAACCAAUCUCAUCAUCAAUUCUCUGGGCCCACUUCAUCCUAAUGCCGAGAAGAAAAACAAAUGGUUCUUCACGAGCAAUGGCAACAAGGGUGUAAAAGAUGUACACAAGCUAGGAUGCAGCACCGCCUCCUACAAGCCAGGCUCCACCGUCUUGACCUACGAAGACGAGCUCUCUGUCGCUGCGGAUCAGCCCGCCUCCCUGCAGACUUUGCUUGGACGUCCCGGAGACUCUGAGGCUUCUUCCAGCAGCGAGGGCAGCAACGCCACAGGCGACUCUGGCCGCUUCUCACACGACGAGACGGAGAUGACCAACCUGUCGUCCGGUCCGAGCAGCCGGCAGCCGUCUGUGUCAGCGGAGGACAGUGGCGGAGGUGAAGAUGAAGAAGAAGAUGUGGGUCAGAUGGUGCAAGAGAGUGAUUUGAGGUUGGUGGAGAACCUCAGGUGUCAUCAGGAAGCUCAGAAAAGUCAGCUUUUGCUCUCAGUGUGUGAGGUUGUGUGAGUGUGUCUGUGUCUGUGUGUGUGCGUGGGAGUGGUGGUACACUUGCAACAAACUUUAUCCUAAACUUCCACUAGAGGCUUUUAUUGAAAUCCCAAGGGUACCAAGUAUGACUGCAGUGUGGAUGGUUUUUUUUACUUUAAAGCCUUUAUUCUCUUUUGUUUGAAGCCUGCUCAACGUUUACCUAAAAACAGUUGUCAGGCUUUUUCUUUUCACUCCUUUUUAUUUGUCUUUUGAAAAGAAAAAAAAACCUCACCCACCAUGAAUGUUUAAAAAAAGACCUUAUUUAAGAGAGUUUAUCACUGGAGUGGAAAGGAAUGUGGAACCCUUUCUCACUUAUUAUCUACCUCGGUUUGCCUCGCGAGUCAAACCAUAUUUAAGAACUACCGCGUUAUGUGGCGUUACAUAACUGUGAUACUUCCUGAAUGUCAUCCCAUUUCGUCCGUUUUUUUACUGGAAUUGAAGGGCGCUGCUGCUUCCAUUCCCUACUCGUGGUGCUGGAUGGAAAACACACAUUUGUCUCCUCAGAUGUCGCUGGGGAUCAUGAGCCAGUAUUAAUUAGAGUUUUCUAUUCCAUUAUUGAGUAAUGGCAUGCGACGCAAAAAAUGUUUGUUUGGGUGUUGUCGAUGGGCAGCUGUCCUGGCUCUUCCUGUUUUUAUACUACCUCCGAAUGAUUUGAUUGUCUUUGUUGGCUCUCCUAACCUCAGGGAACAAGGUUUAGUACAUUUGAAAACGUCAUGUAGUGUUACAUGGUGAACUGACAGGGUAUCUUCUAAGUACUAAGCUAUGUGUGUAAUUGCCGAAUAGAUUUGCUAUGAAUGUAUUUCUGUGCCAGUAGCUCAGACCUCCCCCCUUUUGCCUUUUUUUUGUAUUGUUUACCUUCUACCUCUUCCUCCACACAUGCAUGCAGUGUUACAUAGGUUCAGAAAAGCUUUAAAAUUGGCCUUAAUGUGGUUGCGUCUCUCUGGGGGCCUCGUCUUUCUCAGGUAGACGAUACACUGCAUGAAGUAUGAUUGUAGUGAACCAAUACAAUGUUUAAAAAUACCUAUGAUAAUUAGGGAUGAAAGUGAAGAAUCAACAUAAUGUCCUGAAAAUCUAUAUUUUUCUUAGAAGCUUUGUACUAUUGAGUACACAAUGUAGUGGAAUCUAGUUCCAAGUAUCCUUUUUUUGUUGUUUCUUCCAAAGUAGAUCAAAUUAGCACUUGUCUGCCAAGUAGUUUUUGUAUUAGCAGGCCAAUGUGCAGCGGUGACUGACGCUAUUUACCCAAAGACCUUGUUUGCUUACCUGACUUUAUUUUAAUUAUAAUCACUCAGCUGACAGGGAGAAAUGUGGAAUAAUCAAACACAUUAUUAGACCAAAGAUGAUCAGCUGAGGCGAUGCUCCUCACAACAAAGCCUUGCACAUUAGUGGCCUUGAAGUACGAUAACGUUGCGAAUAAAAGUUCUCCAGGGAGGUGCCUGCAGCAUUCACAGGCAACCUGACCCAUGAUGGAGGGGCAAUAACUAAUCAAGUCUUAUUAUGCACACAAAACAAAUGAUCCUCAUGCAGAGCUUCUCCAAAACUGCAGCAACCAGAUGUUUGUAUAUUGUAGGUGAAAGGCUAUUUGUUAUUAGGGAUCUGUGUUGCAGCACGGCGGCCAUGUACUUGCAAAUGGGCACCCACUCAUAUUUAAUUUAAAUAGUCUUUGAAAGGGAUGGGCAUUCCUCGACUGUUAGGAAUUAUGUUGAAAUUUGUGAAAUUCAUUGUUGAUUACAGGCACCUUCAAAUACAUUAGAAUAUUUUUAAAGCAAAUUAGUUUAUUUUAAAAAAGUGACAUUUUUAAAGUGAAGUAUUUCUAGAAUGUAUUUCUUCAUGAUGUUGCUUGCAGCGAAUAAAAAGUCCUAAUGCAGGAUCUUGUAAAACAAAAUAGAAAACAUCAAAAAGUUCAAUAUUAUACACGACUGGUUUACGCUCUAAUCAAAAAAUCUUCCUGAGUAUUUAAUUGGGCUCUGUCUUAAUUGAAUUCCUAAAAUUAAAUACAUUUUGCACCAUAUUCUAAUUUAGGAUAUGUCCACACAAAUACGAAUACUUUCUAUAGUAGUUUGUGUAAUUUUCUUUUCUCAUUACACAUAACAUAUUCACCUGUUGUCAUGUGCUUUUUGUUCAAUCGCAAGCCAAAAGAGGCAACUACAGCUGACUUGGGGGCUCUAUACGCCUUUGUUUAUGAAUGUAGAGACAUAUGUUCGUCAUGUACAUUAUCUUUAAAAUCAGCGCACACUUAAACUAGCCCAGGAAACCUGACUCGUGUUUUAUUAGUGCUGUCAAGCGAAUACAUUUUUUAUCAAAUUAAUAACAUUUUUGAAUUUUGAUUAAUUGUGAUUGAUCGCAGUAAAUUACUUGCCUGCAUAAUUUAAAUUAACUUUAAGAAAGACCGUGAUAUUGUGACACAAAUGCAUUUUUAUUAUCAGAAUGUCAUUCAUUUUUUAAAUGCUUUAAUUGAAUGUACGUCAUUUAUUUGCUCAAAACUCAGUGACAUUUUUAUCUAAAAAAAAACAUUGGGUGUGUUUAUUUUGAAGUGUCUGAGUGUCCUCACUCAUCUUUGCAUUGACGUAUGCAUUGACCUGAUCACUGACCAUACAACAACCUGAUGCACGUUUUAGGAAACCAUCUGCAGUUAAGGUAAAGGAAUGUGCACACUGUGUAAAUGCGAACAAUCUGUGUUUGUACAUGAUUAAAGCGAUAAUGUUUUGUGAUUAAUCGCAUUAAUUAAAGCAGAACUUUGGCAUCACUAGUUGUUUUCAAAAUGCCCAUGCAUGUUAUAAGGCACGCGCGCUGCUGCACAAAAUGAAAUCAACACUGGGGAGUCAAAAAAACUCAUAUUUUGUUGGUAAGAAACAUGAGAUCAUGUCGCAAGUUUCAAACCAAAAAGCUAGUUUCACCCGUCCACACACAAACACUGAAGCUGGAGUUUUUGAAACUCUCCACUCCUGCACAUUAGUGGACAAGAGGCCAGAAUAUCGUAUUUGUGUGGGCAUGACCUGAAAUGCGCCUGUAAUUGCGUCUUGAACCAACAGAGUGUACUGCUUGGCUGCAUCCAGCAGGUAACUAGUUUAUGUCAGAACAUAGUGAGAUUAUCCCGUUCUAAAAUUAAUGGUUCCAUUCAUUUUAAUCAAGCAACAUAGUUAAAUGCUCAUCCCUAAUCAAUGGAAAUCAUUUAUCAUUUUGUUCAAAUGGAGAUGUUGGCAGUUUUAUUGAGGAAUGACUGCAGUGAUGAGGUGAGUGGGUGCACAAAUGUUCUUCCAUUGCUGUUUAUAAUCAGAGGAUUCUGAAGAAGAGGAUUCAAUCAAGGGGGGGAUUUUGAGUGGAAAGUGACACAAUCAGUUAUUUUGUUUUCAGGGGCAAACAGAAUAAACCAAAGAUGAUUUUUAAAAGGUCGCCGCUGCAUAUUGGCAAGAAGAGAUCAGUAGAAAUACAUCCUGUUUAUGUGUACAUUGUUGUCAUUUUCAGUCUCCUCAUGUUACGAUCAUGUCUACUAUAAUCUGUUUUUGCUGCUUUUCAUCAGUGGAAUUUGAAGCAUGACCUGCUGCACUAAACUUAAAAGUAUUGUAAUGUAAUCUUAACCUCAGAACUACAAAUGUACUUUGUUCUACCUCCAGACAUUUUUAUCUUUCCUUAAAUUGUGCAGCUAAAGUGUAUUUUGUUGAGUGAUGUUUGUGAGAGUCUGGUCAAAAUGUCACUUGUUCACAUAAGAGAACAUCCUCGGAUGUCGUCCUGGUCUCUUCUCAUGUCUUCCUAUCCGAUCAUGUGAAUUCAAAGGGAUUUGAACUUUUAGUCAGCCAGAGGACUGACUUACUUGUGGUCUCCCUUCUGGCAGUAAUGUUGUGUGAUGAAUGACGAAAUCAAGUGUCGAGCGCCAUGGGUUGUUUUCUUUUACUUAUUAAACUCAGGUGAACCCCGAGCUGCUCCUCCUCAAAAGAGAAAGUCAUGAAAAUUGAAUGUAUCGCUUGUAAUUAAGUUGCUUUUUUUUUUGUUCAUGCUUUAUGUUUUGUCUGUUUGUCUUUGUCAUUAAGAAUUAUUUGAAAUAUUGUUUUUGCUUUAAAUGUUUUUUUUGGGCGGUUUUACACUGUGGUUACUUAUGAAAAGUCUGAUUUUCAGUUUGAUUAAUAAUAAAAAUAUAAGAAACGUUUGUUCAGUGUCGUGCUUUUGUGUAAUGAUGUGUUUUGUUCAUUUUGUCCAAAUUAGCUCAUUUUUCAGCAUAUUCAAUUGGUGAAUAGUAGCACAAAACAGUCA